AUGUGUUAUCCCGAGAAGCUGAAACUGCUUCACAACAAGAAUUGCGGCUUACAGCUGACCGCGAACGGCAUACAUUAUCUCGCGAGUCCGAAACCUACACUGAGAGUGAAUUACGUCUCACAGCUGUCCGCGAACGGCAUACAUUAUCUCGUGAGUACAAAACCUACACUGAGAGGGAAUUAUGUCUCACAGCUGAUCACGAACGGCAUGUACUAUCCUAUGAGUCCGAAACCUACACUGAGAGGGAAUUAUGUCUCACAGCUGUCCGCGAAGCAGCAUACAUUAUCUCGCGAGUCCGAAACCUACACUGAGAGGGAAUUACGUCUCACAGCUGUCCGCGAACGGCAUACAUUAUCUCGCGAGUCCGAAACCUACACUGAGAGGGAAUUACGUCUCACAGCUGACCGCGAACGGCAUACAUUAUCUCGCGAGUCCGAAACCUACACUGAGAGGGAAUUACGUCUCACAGCUGUCCGCGAACGGCAUACAUUAUCUCGCGAGUACAAAACCUAUACUGAGAGGGAAUUAUGUCUCACAGCUGAUCACGAACGGCAUCUACUAUCCUGUGAGUCCGAAACCUACACUGAGAGGGAAUUCUGUCUCACAGCUGACCGCGAACGGCAUACAUUAUCUCGCGAGUCCGAAACCUACACUUAG